UCGUCUUUUCAGUUUUUCCCUCGAGACGUCAACAUUAAAUAUAAACUCCAUUGUGGAUGCAUUCCUUCUGUCCAUUGUCAUCAAAUAGAACUUUGAGAAGAUCAGUCGAUGUUGGAAAUAAUAAUCCAGCUUGAAAACAUCACAACUGUAAGCAAUGCACAGCCGACUAAUUGUAUUGCUGAGUUCAAUCAGUGCAGUUCUAUGUAUCUGUCAAUGUCAAUGAAAACAUCACACAAUGCACAGCCGACUAAUUGUAUUGCUGAGUUCAAUUGGGGCAGUUCUAUGUGUAACAGAAGAUAUUUUUAUUGAAACACCGGAAGGGUCGCAGCUGCUGAAUGGCUUUGCCGUGUACGACCAGUUUCUCUUUUAUCAGGAAAGGUUCGUCGGAGGGAGGAUGAAGGCAGCGGCUUCCUUUGUAGCCCAGCAUUCCAAAGUUCCUUUCGCCCAGUUAUUUUCCAACAUGGCGACUUCUGACUAUAUUUUAAUUCAAAUCCUCCACGCCCUAUACUCUGAAGAUACAAGUUUGUUAACUUAUCUUGCUGAACUCGCUACGACUGUAGAUAAAACAGAACCUAAAAGAGAAGAAAAUGAUUGGAUAAGGCGAAAUAUUAAAUUUCCUUCAGAAAAAAGUUUCCAGGUGAUGAAGUCGCUGGUCAUUUUGGAUCGUAAUGGAAUCAUGAAGAAAUUGCCACUUAUUUUAUUAAAGGAAAUCAUAUUAAUUGUGGAUAUGGCAUCCGCUCUAGAAACAGCGACAGAAGUGGGAAAUAUGGAUGUGAUUAAGGGGAUUUUAAAAUUCGAUAUAAAUUUCAAUAACUUGGAUACAUUAUUUAAAUCUGCGUUUUCCAAUAAUAAAAUAGAUGUUGUGAAGGUGUUGAUAGAAAAAGGAGCUCUAGACAAGUUGCCUAUUAACAAAACACUGAUUGACUUGACGAGUUCAAAAGAGGAAACCCUUCUCCACUUGGCCGCCCAGUCGCACCGACCCGCCGCCGUGGCUGCCCUCCUAGAGGAAGGGCUGGAGCCGAACGAGAUGGACGACGAUGGCUUCACCGCUCUACACAGGGCUGUCGAGGCCGACGACGAGGAAGCGGCAGCUCUUCUGGUGAAGGGAGGAGCUCGGGUCGACCAAGGGACGCCUCAAGGAGAUCUCCCCCUCCACCUGGCUGUGUCAAAGGGUAAUUUGAGAAUGACAAAACUCCUUAUACAACUUGGCUCUCCCUUGGACACCAAAAAUAACUUAGGCUUCACCCCUUUAUAUGUUGCAGAAAACACGGUUGUUGCAGCUGUAUUAAGGUACAUAGAGGAUAUUAGAUGGGAACAGAGAAUGAACGAAUCGAAAAAUUGCAGAGAACAUAAUUGUGAUACCGAACGUUCUACAUCCGCCCUUAACACCAUAUUUUUAGAAGAUAUUAACAAUUUUUUUACCAAUUUAAACAUGAGAGAUAUUUUCUGCCACAAUAACAAUAUACCGUUUAUAGUUACUUUGUCUGAAAUCGUGAACCUCCUUCUGCGCAAAGGCGAGGUUUCAAGGAUGUCUUCACAUUUACAAUUUUUGUUAUCUCUUAAAGCUAAUAAAAUUGGGAAAGAGGAACUUUCGGAAAUUAUGAUAAACUUAGGAUAUGAUUCACCUGAUAUAAAUAUUAAUCCCAUUUUGGAUAGCAUUGAAGACCUCAAUGCUGCCUUUAUGUCAUUUGACGAGAACGUUAAGUUUAAAAAUCAAACAGGACAUACGAAUCUGCACGUAUCUGCCUCUGAAGGCGACCUAAAAGCUGUCAAAGCGUUGGUUUCGAAGGGAGCAGACGUCGAAGCACGGACGAACGACAGCUGGACUCCCCUCCACUUCGCAGCAUCUCAAGGACAUGAGAACAUCGUCCGUUACCUAAUACAGAAAAAUGCAAGCAUGAACGCUAAAACUUCUAAUCAAGAAACACCAUUACAUUUAGCUUCGGCCAAUGAUCACGCGGAUGUCGUAAAAGCCCUCCUCGAGAACAAUGCAGACGUGAACGCUGAAAUGCACCCGGACUGCAUGACUUCCCUUUACAUAGCGAGCCGUGCGGGCCAUUUAGAAGUCGUGAAAGUCCUUGUUGAAGGUGACGCAUCACUCAAACAGAGGGACUGCGGUAACUACAACCUGACGCCAUUCCAAAUCGCACUAUUGAAUGGCAGGAUCUCUGUAGUCCGAUUUCUAUCCCUGCAUGGCGCUAAUAUUGACGAGAGGGAUACUGUAGGGAACACUCCUCUAUACACUGCUGCUUGGAAUGGAAUGGAUACAAUGGUAAAGACACUUAUAGAACUGGGCGCUAAUUUGAAAUCGCGCGUUGGGCAGUUGGGGUUGACUGCAGUUCACGCGGCUGCCGCGAGGGGCCACGCUCAAGUUGUAGAGCUUCUGUUGCGAGAAGGAGCCGAUCCUGACAUCAAGGACCGAAACCAUGCGACGCCACUCCAUUGGGCGAGUUCUUUGGAAGUGGCAAAGGUGCUCCUUAACAAUGGAGCUUAUGUCGACACUAGGAAUAUUAACAGAGAAACACCGCUUCACAAAGCAUCCUCUUUGGGCCGUGCUGACGUUGUCAGAGAACUGCUACAACGUGGUGCUGAUAUCGACGCAAAAACAAUCGAUGGUAAAACACCCGCAUAUGAAGCCAUACUCCAGAAUCAAUACUACACUCUGAAGAUCUUGAUAGAGAACGGAACUAAUAUUAACGCGAAAGGUCCUAAUGGUCUGACGGUUUUAAAUUUUGGAAUAAGUAAAGGAAUGUUGAAGUACCAAUCUGGUUAGGAAUUUUAGCUGACAUCGAUAUAUUACCAGCCAACUCACAGCUGAACCAAGAAGUAAGUCUAUAAUUAAAAAAAAAAUAAUCACUUAUGUACAUUCAAUUUUUAAUUUACUUGAAUCAGUUUUGGGUACAAAAUAUUUCUAUAUCACAGACAUUGAUAAGAAAUAAAAUUCAUUAAAUAAAGUAUAUUAUUAUUAGUC